UCACAGUUUUUUCUUUUUCUUGAGAAAAAGUAUUUUGAUUCAUGGGUUACUUUACUCAUUUUUAGUAAAUUUUGAUACCCAUGAUUGAUUUUAAAUGUCUGGGAAAUUCAUCAUGUUAUUGAACUUAAUGAUUAUAAGCAACAAAGGAGUGAUUACCAGGACUAAUACAGUAAAUUUGAGAAUAUGUGUUUUUCUUGUGUGCUGUUCUUGAAUUUUGAAUAACAGAUAUCAAAUACUGGUUUCUAUUUAUCCAUUGAGUUUAUUAUUGUGUGUAUAAACAUUGAUUUGGUGGGUGCUUUCUUCUUUGACCUUAAAACAAAAGAUUUGAACAUAUUUAUCUCCCCAGUGCUAAUUGAGUUUGGACUGUGUUAUAUUAUGGGAAUAACUUGUGAAUUUGAUUAGUUAUUUUCUUGUUUCUGUUUAGGAUUUCAGUGGAUACUUGGUCAAACUGUAGUUGUUGGUUGUGAUAACCUUGCAAUUUUGAUGAUUCAAUCACAACCUGCACCUCAUUGCCCUCAUUGUAUUGAGUUCUGCAUAUAAUUCUUGCUCAUGUCAUGCUCCAGUUUUCUGGCAACCUAUGCUGCAAAACCAAGCACUAGUUUCCAAUCCUUUUGUUUGGGAUUGAUGAUGUUUCUAAACCCUUUCUAGCCUAUUCAGUUCAGUUCCUUUGAAGAGUUCUCUCUAAUGUGAAUCAGCUCUUAACUUAUAAACUGAUCAUUGUAAUUCUUUUAUCAGACCAGUGGAUUUUGGUCAAAGGAAUUGGUGGUUGUUAUUGGGCAUUUGUUGGAAGUAUACUGGUCAUGAAUCUGAACUUGAAGAGAAUGCUUUAUUUCAGUUUUAUAUCACUAAAUCCAAGGAACUUAGUUAUGUAGUACAGUAUGUGUAGUUACGAUGACAAGGUAAAUCAAUGUCGUAUGCCUCUAUCAUGGAAAUAUGGAGGCAAGAACUUACUCUCAUUACCAAUAACUUGGUUUCUUCGUAAUCUUUUUUAAUGUUUGAAUUUAGAAGGGGAGUGAGAUGCUAAGUGGCUUUUCGGAGAUGCUUCAAACAUUAUAUUAAGCAUAAAUGUGUUUGAAAGAGAAGUUGAGUGAACAAUGACAGUGUCUUUUGAUGUUGUUCAGAUUCAAAUGGUGCCCUACAUCUUUAUUUUGUACCGGCACACCUCUUUGGCGAAAUGGGCCUCCUGAGAAGCCAGUCCUAUGCAAUGCUUGUGGCUCAAGAUGGAGAACAAAGGGAACUCUGGUAAACUACACACCGCUUCAUGCCCGGGCAGAACCUGAUGAUUAUGAGGACCAUAGGGUAUCCAGAGGGAAGAACAUAUCAAUAAAUAAGAACAAAGAUGUGAAACUUCUCAAAAGAAAGGCCAAUCAUGAUAAUGGGGUGGUUGGAGGGGUUUUCCAUGAUUACAAUCAGGGUUAUCGGAAGGUUUUGGAUGAAGAUACUAGUAAUAGAUCAAGCUCCGGUUCAGCCAUAUCCAACUCCGAGAGCUGUGCACAAUUUGGAAGUGCAGAUGCAAGUGAUUUGACAGGUCCAUCACAAUCAGUAGUGUGGGACUCUAUGGUACCUUCUAAGAAGAGGACCUGUGUCAAUCGUCCAAAACAGUCUUCAGUUGAGAAGCUUACAAAAGAUUUAUACACUAUUUUGCAUGAGCAACAGUCUUCAUGCUUCUCUGGAUCUUCUCAUGAGGAUUUGCUUUUUGAAAGUGAAACACCGAUGGUUUCUGUGGAGAUAGGACAUGGAAGUGUUCUCAUUAGACAUCCAAGCACAAUAGCUCGAGAUGAGGAAUCUGAAGCCAGCUCCCUUUCUGUUGAGAACAAACCUUACUCAACAAAUGAGGCUUAUUCACAUUCUGCGGGCAUUCGUGUACAUAAUGAAAACAAAAAUGUCCAUAAUUUAAGUCUUGUGAUUGAAAAUGUUGAGAAGAACCAUGCAGGGCAAGGGAUGAUGCAGCAGGAGCAACUUAAGAGGGACAAGUUUCAGCAUGAAAGGGUACAAGUUCUUGGCAAUCAUAAUUCCCCACUAUGCCAUGUGGAUUUAAAUGAGAUUCUUAACUUUGAAGAGUUCGCUAGAUACCUGACAAAUGAAGAGCAGCGGCAGUUGCUAAUAUAUCUACCUCCUGUUGAUACUGACAACCUUCCCGACAGCAUUGAAAUAAUGUUUGAUAGCCCGCAAUUUAAGCAGAAUAUAUCUUGCUAUCAACAACUGCUCGCAGAAGGGGUCUUUGAUCUCUCCUUCUCAGGAGCAAAAACUGAAGAAUGUAAAAUUUUGAAAAGGCUCACGCUGUCCGAUCUUUCAAAAUCCAAAUGGGUGGAGCAGUAUCAUCAACUUAAGAAGUGUACAAAUAGUAAUCCUAAGUCUCUUGUUGGAAGAGGACAAACUAUUGCUUCUUCAAGUAAUUCAUUUAGUGCUAAGAGAUCACGCGACAAUUCAGGUCAAAAAAAUACAGAAGGAAAGAUGAUGAAGAGCCCUAGAAUGACCGGCAUGAAGGCUCCGUAUGAGAACAAAGAACUCAUGGAAAGUGAUGGCUCUUGCUUUAGUCCAAGAAGCCUAUUUGCGUUGCCUCCCGAUAGCGGCUCCCUCAUGCUAGACUCUUUCAACUACGUCGAUGAAAGUUCAGAUCAGGAUCUGCUUCUCGACGUGCCAUCCAACUGCUCAUUUCCGCAAGCUGAGCUUCUUCUCCCAACUUUAGGUUUUGGGCAACAGGCAAGCACCAGUAGUAGCUCAACAUACCCACAUCUAGUCCGUCCCUGACAAUGUUUGCAAGAUCAGUUCUUUUGAUCACUAGGCUAUAUAGAUACACCUUUUUUCCGAAUUCAGUGACUCGGUUACAAUCUGUGAAUCGGUUUGAUGGUUGCUGUGUUUAUUCCCUUUGAUCUUUUGUAAACUUGACGUGCCAAGGGACGAAUUUGGAUGGGGUUAUUUUUGUAUAGGCAGACAACAGAUUGUAAUAUAUAGCUUUAAAAAUACAAAUGAGGUGGUGAAUUCAAGAGUCA